AUGUCUCCAUCUGCAAUUGCUGUUGCCGGAGCGGGCUCUGCGACUAAGGAUGUCAAGAGAGAGUCUGGCACUGCUCGUUUGUUGGGAUCAGGGUCUGCUGGAAUUGCGGAACUGCUCAUCUUCCAUCCGGUCGAUACAACUGCCAAACGUCUUAUGAGCAACCAGGGAAGGAUUACCAACAUUUCCGAGUUGAACAAGGUCGUUUUUAAGGACUUCUCCUCCGCCGGAGUUGCGCGCAAGUUCACAUCCCUCUUCCCCGGCCUUGGGUACGCUGCUGGAUACAAGGUUCUGCAAAGAAUAUACAAGUAUGGCGGUCAGCCAUUUGUGCGCGAUUAUCUGGGCACGAAUUAUGGAAAGGAUUUCGAUAAUGCUUUUGGAAAGGGUACCGGCAAGGCCAUCAUGCAUGCCACCGCUGGAAGUUUGAUUGGUAUCGGUGAAAUCGUCCUCCUGCCACUGGACGUCCUCAAGAUCAAGCGACAAACCAACCCAGAGGCUUUCCGAGGCAGGGGUCUAUUCAAGAUCAUUGCUGACGAAGGUAUGGGUCUUUACCGUGGUGCUGGCUGGACAGCAGCCCGCAAUGCUCCCGGUUCCUUCGCUCUCUUUGGUGGUUCCGCGUUCACCAAGGAAUACCUCUAUGGCCUCUCAGACUAUAACUCCGCAACAUGGUUCCAGAACUUUAUCGCCUCGAUCGCCGGUGCCAGUGCGUCGCUCAUCGUCUCCGCUCCCCUCGACGUGAUCAAGACCCGUAUCCAGAACCGAAACUUUGAGAACCCAGAGUCUGGGUUCCGCAUCGUCAGCAGCAUGGUCAGAAACGAAGGAAUGACCUCAUUCUUCAAGGGACUGACUCCCAAGCUCCUCAUGACUGGUCCGAAACUUGUGUUCAGCUUCUGGCUAGCACAGACCCUGAUACCUGCCUUUGGAAAGGUAGUCUAA